AUGUCCGCCUCACUCCCCGGGAAUCGAGAUCUCCCAGCAUCUCAAUAUGACCUCUCGACGUACUGGGGCCGUGUCAUGCAGUCGGCACAGAUAGCAGAUCCGAGGACACUAUUCGUUUCCUCCUCUGGCCUCGAGAAUGCAAAGCGACUGGUGACGUCCUAUAAGACUGGGGAAGCAAAAGUCAUGACACCGGAGAUAUGGAAUGCCAAAAAGAUCGUGGAUUCAACACUACAUCCAGAUACCGGCGAACCAGUCUUCCUGCCAUUCCGCAUGUCCUGUUUCGUGAUCUCGAAUCUAGUCGUCACCGCGGGUAUGCUCACACCCAACCUGAGCAACACCGGCACAGUAGCCUGGCAGAUUAUCAACCAGUCGCUCAACGUCGCUAUCAACUCGGCCAAUGCGAAUAAAUCUUCACCGCUUAGCACGUCAACUUUGGUGAAAUCAUACCUGAUGGCAGUUUCUGCCUCUUGCUCUGUCGCUGUGGGAUUGAACUCUCUUGUCCCGCGCUUGAAACGCCUCUCCCCAAAUACCAGACUUGUCCUCAGCCGCCUCGUCCCCUUCGCAGCCGUGGCCAGCGCGGGCGCAUUGAACGUCUUUCUCAUGCGCUCCGAAGAAAUCCGCCGUGGCAUCGACAUCUUCCCCGUGCAAACCGAGCAAGAAAAAGCCGAACGUGAGGAGACUGGAAAGGAAGUCGCCUCUUUAGGUAAAUCUCGCAAAGCCGCCAUUCUGGCAGUGGGUGAAACAGCGAUUUCCCGCGUCCUCAAUGCAACGCCGAUCAUGGUUCUUCCUCCCCUCAUCCUGGUCCGGCUCCAGAAAACAGAGUGGCUGAAGUCCAGGCCGCGCAUGGUGCUCCCCGUGAACCUGGGUUUGAUCCUCACCACCAGCAUCUUUGCCCUGCCCUUAGCGUUAGGGGCAUUUCCGCAACGACAGGCCGUUAGCGCGAGGAGCUUGGAGGAAGAGUUCUGGGACAAGGGCGGAGAAGGGGGCUUGGUCGAAUUCAACCGCGGGAUAUGA